CGGCUGCCUUGCACUUCAGAUCCAAAAGAGCGAACGACCUUCUCGCGUGUUCCAACAUCUGGAUUACCAAGAACUCGAAAACUUCCUGCAUUUCCCAUCCGCUAUAUCAACAAACUCGCCAAACUGGGGAAACGCAAGGUGUCCGAAGGGGAUUUGCCAAUUUCCCUCAAACGAACCAUGACUGACAAGACGCAGCCCGGCGAGGUCGACCUCGUCACCAGGAUGCAGGUGGACGAGUCGGUCGUGGGUUCGAAUGAGAUCGACGAAUCUCUCUACAGCCGACAGCUCUAUGUGCUGGGACACGAGGCCAUGAAGCGCAUGAUCGCUUCGAACGUGCUCAUUGUCGGUCUCAAGGGCCUCGGCGUCGAGAUUGCCAAAAACGUCGCCCUUGCCGGCGUCAAGAGCCUGACCCUCUACGAUCCGGCGCCGGUCGCCAUCGCAGAUCUUUCCUCCCAGUUCUUCCUCCGCCCCGGCGAUGUCGGCAAACCACGCGACCAAGUUACUGCUCCCCGAGUUGCCGAGCUGAAUGCGUACACCCCCGUCCGCGUUCACGAGUCUGCGAGUCUCGAAGACCAUCUCUCACAGUUUGACAAAUACCAAGUCGUCGUCCUCACAAACACCCCCCUCCGCACGCAGAAGAUCGUCGGUGACUACUGCCACGAGAAGGGCAUUUACUUCAUCGUAGCCGACACCUUUGGUCUCUUCGGGUCCGUGUUUUGCGACUUUGGAAAGAACUUCACAGUCAUCGAUGCGACCGGCGAGAACCCCGUGAACGGCAUUGUUGCCGGCAUCGACGAGACCGGCCUGGUGUCUGCCCUGGAUGAGACCCGCCACGGCCUCGAGGACGGCGACUACGUCACGUUUUCGGAGAUUGAGGGCAUGGAGGCUCUGAACGAUUGCGAGCCGCGGAAGGUUACGGUCAAGGGACCCUACACCUUUUCGAUCGGCGACGUGUCCGGGCUAGGCCAGUACAAGCGUGGUGGCUUGUUCCGACAAGUCAAGAUGCCCAAGUUUCUUGACUUCAAGCGCAUCAGCGAUGCUCUGAAGGGCCCCGAGUUCGUCAUUUCCGAUUUCGCCAAGUUCGACCGGCCUCAGCAGCUCCAUAUCGGUAUCCAGGCGCUACACGCUUUCGUCGAAACCCAUGGCCGCCUUCCCCGGCCCAUGAAUGAGGAGGACGCGCUCGAGAUCGUCGGCUCCGCCAAGAAGAUAGCACAGGCUGACGGCGUCGAGGUGGAGUUUGACGAGAAGCUGCUGAAGGAGCUCAGCUACCAGGCGAUGGGUGAUCUCAGCCCGAUGGCAGCGUUCUUUGGCGGUCUCACCGCCCAGGAAGUGCUCAAGGCUGUGUCGGGCAAGUUCCACCCGGUCAAGCAGUACAUGUACUUUGACGCUCUCGAGGCCCUCCCGACCGGAUCCGCCCGCUCCGAGGAGCUGUGCAAGCCCAUCGGAUCUCGGUACGACGGGCAGAUCGUCGUCUUCGGCCGCGAGUUCCAGGAGAAGAUUGCGAAUAUCAAGCAGUUCUUGGUCGGCGCCGGCGCAAUCGGCUGUGAGAUGCUCAAGAACUGGGCAAUGAUUGGCCUGGGAACUGGGCCCAAGGGCCGGAUUACCGUGACCGAUAUGGACUCCAUCGAGAAGAGCAACCUGAACAGGCAGUUCCUCUUCCGGCCCAAGGACGUGGGCCAGAUGAAGAGCGAGUGUGCGGCAAGGGCCGUCGAAGCCAUGAACAAUGAACUCGAAGGGCAUAUCGUCACCCUUAAAGACCGCGUCAGCCCGGAGACGGAGCACAUUUUCAGCGAGGAGUUCUGGAACGAGCUGGACGGCGUGACCAACGCUCUGGACAACGUCGAGGCGAGGACAUACGUCGACAGGCGAUGCGUCUUCUUCCACAAGCCUCUUCUGGAGAGUGGUACCCUAGGCACCAAGGGCAACACCCAAGUCGUCCUUCCCAGGAUUACCGAGUCCUACUCGUCUUCUCAGGACCCGCCCGAGCAGUCCUUCCCCAUGUGCACGCUCCGCAGCUUCCCCAACAGGAUCGAGCACACGAUCGCGUGGGCUCGCGAGCUCUUUGAGAGCUCCUUCGUGAAGCCCGCCGAGACGGCGAACCUCUACCUUACGCAACCCAACUACUUGGAGACGACACUGAAGCAGGGCGGCAACGAGAAGGCUACUCUGGAGAUGCUGGUUGACUACCUGAAGAACGAGCGAGCGCUCACCUUCGAAGACUGCGUCCAGUGGGCCCGCAUGCUGUUUGAGAAACAGUACAACAACGCGAUCCAGCAGCUGCUCUACAACUUCCCCAAGGACGCUGUCUCUUCGACCGGGACGCCCUUCUGGUCGGGCCCCAAGCGAGCACCGGACCCGCUCAAGUUCGAUCCUAACAACAAGACGCACUUUUCGUUCAUCGAGGCGGCGACCAAUCUCCACGCCUUCAACUAUAACAUCAAUGUCAAGGGAAAGACCAAGGAGGAUUACCUACGGGCGCUGGACUCCAUGAUCAUUCCGGACUUCUCGCCGGACGCCAACGUCAAGAUUCAGGCCGACGACAAGGACCCUGACCCGAAUGCCGAGGCCGGCGCCUUUGACGACGAGGCCGAGCUUCAGAAGCUGAUCAGCGAACUUCCGGAUCCCAAAUCGUUGGCCGGCUUCAAGCUGACGCCGGUGGAGUUUGAGAAGGACGACGACACCAACUAUCACAUCGACUUCAUCACGGCUGCCAGCAACUUGCGUGCCGAGAACUACAAGAUCGAGCCAGCGGAGCGUCACAAGACCAAGUUCAUCGCCGGCAAGAUCAUUCCGGCCAUCGCGACGACCACGGCGCUGGUCACGGGUCUGGUGGUUCUGGAGCUGUACAAGAUCAUCGACGGCAAGAAGAACAUUGAGCAGUACAAGAACGGUUUCGUCAACCUGGCGUUACCCUUCUUCGGCUUCAGCGAGCCGAUCGCCAGCCCCAAGGUCGAGUACAAGGGCCCCAACGGCAAGGUGACGCUGGAUAAGAUCUGGGACCGUUUCGAGGUCGGCAACAUCACGCUCCGGGAGCUGAUUGACGACUUUGAGAAGCGCGGCCUGACUAUUGCCAUGCUGAGCUCCGGGGUCAGCCUGCUGUUUGCGUCCUUCUUCCCCCCUGCCAAGCAGAAGGACAGGCUCGACAUGAAGCUGAGCGAGUUGGUGGAGUCGGUCGCCAAGAAGCCCAUCCCGUCGCACCAGACGGAGCUGAUCUUCGAGGUGGUUACGGAGGACGCCGAUGGGGAGGACGUUGAAGUGCCGUACAUCAAGGCCAAGAUCCGGUAAACUUUAUGUUUGCUCAGGGGAGGCGGAUUGAGGAGGUUGUGUGUCAAGACGGGUGCAAUGAUAAGGAGCGGCUUGCUCAUAAAGCCCUGGUAUAGGUGGGAAUAGACGUCGUGUUUUUGUUACCAUGGCUACCUCCUCUUCGUCUCGUAACUGAAAUCUUGGGAGUCCCCCACUCAAUACUGCAUUCCACAUCGGGCUUGAAACCUAGUGAAAAAGCCAGCCAGCCAGACGCGUCAGUUAUUGAUGUUGUCCCGAGUGUCCAUGAUCCCGAACUUUUGUCACCAGAUCGCUGUACCCCUGACUCCGCUCCCGAACCCACCCUCUUAGUAGUGUGUCUGUCUGGGGUUUUCCUGAAUAAUCAUCAGCAAG